UCUGCUGGAUUCACAUUGGUGAGUAUUGUAGUUUUCGACUGCGUUGUACGGAUGUACGUUUGCGUGUUGGAUAUUCGUCAUGACUACUGAACAACAGGUGGUUGAAAUUGUAAACAAACUGCAAAAAUUCAGUGAUAGUUUUAUAAGUGACCAUGGGAUUGAAAAAGCAAGAGAGAAAAAAAAGCUCGUCAAAGCUGAGCUCAUGAAAAGUCUUGAAGAAGUUAAACUCUUGGAACCUACAUGCGAAAAAACAACGUAUUUGUUACAAUACGGAAGAGCAUUAAACAUAUUACCAGAAUACAAUAAAGAAUGUGAAGAUUGUUUAUCGAAAGUUGUGAAAAGAGAUCCUUCCUUGAUAGAAGCAUGGAAUUUAUUAGGUGAAACCUUCUGGAAAAAAUCAGAUAAUCUUGCUGCGAAGGAUUGCUUCGAAGGAUCGCUAAAGCGUGAAAAAAAUAAAAUUGCCCUUCGUUCUUUAUCUAUGGUUUUGCGGCAAGUAAAAUGUACAAAAUCAGAAGAAGCUAUAUCGAACGUGAUUAAAAGUGUUGAUCUCGCUAAAAUGUCUGUCGAUAUAGAUAAAAAUGAUGGCAUGUCAUGGUUUGUGCUUGGCAAUGCAUACCUAUCCCUCUUUUUUGCAAGUGAUCAAAGUGCUCAAACACUAUUAAUGGCUAUGACAUCAUAUUUUCAAGCUGAAAAAGUAGAUACAAGAUCUUCGUAUAACCCUGACUUACAUUUCAACAUGGCUCAAGCUUAUCGUUAUGAGGAAUCAUAUACUAAAGCUUUUAAAGGCUGGCAACAAGCUUUGAAACUUGACCCUGAAUGGAAUGAACCUAAAAUCCGGACAAAUGAGCUCAUGUGUUAUCUUAUAAAAGUCAACAAUCUCGUCGAACAAAGAGGAAAACUAAAAGCCAAACGUUUACAUGGUUUCAUCAAAUCAAUUGAUGAAAAAGCUCUUGGGCCUCUAUCACCUAAAAGUCUUGCAGAUAAAAAUAUAAAACUUGAUAAUGUCAAAUUAAGUGAACUUCAAGAAGGUCGAAAUGCUGACAAAUUAGUUGUCGGUAAAGUGGUUUGCAAUUUUGCUGAUGUAGCACAGCUACCUUUUACGUUUGCAAUGGUAGAUUCAAAUGGAGAAUGCUGUGCUGUCACUGUGUAUAAUCUUGCACAGGGUAAAGGGGUCAUUAUUGGGGAUUCUGUGGCUGUUCCUGAACCAUUCUUCAGUAAGGUAGAUUUGACGUUGUUGGACAAAGAUUCUACACAGUGUGCUUUUUCUAGUAUUCGAGUGAAUACACCAGACUCGUUAAUCGUAAAUGGGAAGAAAUUGUCAUCUGAGCACUGUGCAUUUGCGAAAGCAUCAAUGAAUCGCCGUGAGAUGUAAAUUCAUCCACUUAUAAUUUUUGCUCAGUAAUUAGUUAUCAAGUAUUUCUUGAUGGCAUGACGGAACUCAUAAUAAAGGGUAGUAUUGGGUAGUUAUUGAAUUUUUCAAUGUUCCAUGCAUUGUUUUCACUUGUGAUAAAAUUUUUGCAUAUAAAAUCUCCAAGCAGUGUUUUCAAAUGACUUUAUAUGAAUUAUAAUGUGAUUUUUUUUCUUCCAGUUUCUUACAUCUGUAGAAUUUGACAAUAAUAAGGCUUCACAUUAAUUGUUUUUGUUUUAAUUUACUUAAUAUUUUUGAAAGCUGUUCACAAAAAUGUUUCUAAUGUGUCGGAGCUAAAUCUAUCAUGGAUUUCUGUGUUAUUUUCCAAGAUGUAUUUUGGCCUCGAUUCUGGUAUUCCAGACCAUAUUUUCAAUAAAGUUCGUGUUCGAUUUA